AUGAUGGCGUCUCUCUUCGGAGCCUUACUCUUGGUCUCUGCUGUGGCCGCCAAUAAUUGCAACAUCAAUCCCAUCUUCGUCGAUUUUCAUGAUAGGGCAGUUGAUGGAGGAAUCACAUUCCAAUAUGGGCUUUUCACAGGGAUAGGGAGCACGAUUUCGCAGAACCUGUCUCAAUGGCCAUCACUAUCCUACAACGAGACCACGGUGGGAAGUCUGGACUAUUGUACCAGCAGUCCCUUCAAGAACUGUAUCAACCAGAGUCAUGGCUUUUAUUCACCUGAUCUGUCCGAUGCCUACUCCUCGGCAGCAUCAUAUCAGCGACUCGACGAUCUGGGCUCGAUCCCAGCCACGAUCGUCGAGAGCGUCUUCGACACUUACAACCUCUUCACCCAUUACUUCGAUCCUUCUCCCGCGAAUCUCACCACGAUUUCGAACUUCCCAGUCACGGUGCUCUCGAACUAUUCUGCGAAUACCACGUCAUGGUUUGGCCCAGCUGGUCUCGUCGGGCUUGGACCUUCAAGCACUCUGCUUCGCCGAUUGUACGACUCGAACCUCAUUUCCUCACGGUCAUUCGGCUUGUACAUGGGCACUGCCUACGACCAGUCCAAUGGAGCCAUCAACGGAUCAUUAACGUUGGGCGGCUACGACUCCGGCCGCUUCGAAGGCGAGGUGUACAAUUACACCAUCACAUCCGCCAAUCCUGACGCCGGUCACAGCCCUUUCAAAGUCCGGGUACAGCAAAUGACCCUCGACACUGGUGAUGCGGAAAAGACAGAAAUGCUCGACGCUUUUGAUGCGUACAUUACUACCUCACAAUAUCAACUCAACUUGCCGGCUGGCGUGACGCAGAAGAUAGCCGACCUAACAGGUGCAACUCCCUCAGACGAUGCAGAGAAUGUUCUUCGCCUCCCGGCCGACUUCGACGCCACCCUCACCAUCAUGCUCGAGGGCGGACUGAACAUUACCUACGAUGCACAGUGGCUCCGCAACGUUUCUAACAACUCACCUAUCUCCGCCGCUCCACUUUCAUCUUCAGGUAAUAGCACGACAAGUUCUAAAGUCAACCUCCUCGGCUCCGCAUUCCUAUCAAACAUUUACUUCAUGGCAAACUACGAUUCCCAUUCACCAGCCUUCCAACUAGCCUCCGCUCUUCCCCAUGGCCUUUAUGUCCAGACUAAAACCCUCUGUCCCGACAGCGCACCCACUCCCGCUCCAACGACGAACAUAUCCUCCUUCAGUCGUGCUGGUCUGACUGGGGCAAUCAUCGGCGGCGUCGUCGGUGGCAUCGGCCUGACCUUUGCUUGCUGGUGGCUCUUCCGAAGAUGCAUGCAGCGCCGGGUCCGUCGGCGCGCCCUUUCCGAACGCAAAGGUAGAUCUCUUGACGGCGUCAUCUUGGUCAAAGGCAAAGGUAGCCCGUCUAACGUGUCCGAUGAGGGACGCAAUAGCAGCGAGAUGACAACCUUCGCAUUCGACUUCAACUCGCAACCGCACCUGGCGUACCAGAAUUACCUGGCAAGUCAGCAGAGUCAAAGCGAACGACGGUCGCAGUAUCACCCAGAACAGUCAGCGCCAGCAUCAACGAAUGCCUCGGAAGCCCGCGCGCAAGCAUAUCUACGCUCUUGCGACGACGCGUACCUGGGUGCCACACCCAUCACGCCUGCAACCGGUGUUCCGCUUCUGCGUGAUCAACAACCGCCCGCUGAGUCCUUCGCCCUUUCGCAUGUACAGUCGCGCACGCCAAUCAUCUCCCCGUCGCUUCCGCACCAGCCAGAGUCACGGUCUUACCUGUAUCCAUCAGCGGCGGACACCUCGUCGCGGCGAACGAGCAGCGAAUCGACACGGCGGCAGGAGUUUGGGCUGAAUGUGCAGACCGAGUUUGCGCCACCACCAAAGCCGAACGCAUCGGGGUCAAAACCGGAUCGGAUCGCUCGCAAGACUGUAGGAAAUGGUGGAAAGAAGGAGAGUAUGCUCAGGAAGGUGUUUCCGCCGUCUGGGUCUUGA